AUGAAAACUCUUUGGUUAAGGAUAGCAAAUUGCGCUACUUUUCAUAACACGAAAGCGGAAUUCGGACAAUGGUGUGUAGCUGAUCCACAAAUACCAGAUAAUGUGAUACAAGCAGCCUUAGACUGGGCCUGUCAAAUAGGCGGAGCAGAUUGCAGUAAGAUUCAGCCUGACCAGCCUUGCUUCUUGCCCAACACUGUUAAGGACCAUGCCUCUGUUGUCUUCAAUGAUUAUUAUCAGCGUUAUAAGCACAAGGGCGGUACCUGUGACUUCCACAGCGCUGCAGUAAUCACGCAGCGCGACCCUAGUAACGGUUCGUGCCAUUUUGAAUAUAUCCAGUGAUUCAAAGGAAAGGGCCAAGAUGACAUGAAAGGAUGAUGAAUAGAGUGAAUGUUUUUCAUAGUUACUACUGUUGAACAAUAUAAACUAAAUCCAAUCUUUGUUGCAACUUGGAAGUUUCUCUAAUGUAGAAUUUUGAUAAUUUGUAUGGUAAUAAGAUUACAUUAUUCUGGUCA